AUGGGUCCGCGGCCCACCCACUUGAGCCUCAAACCCGAUGAGGCGGAUGCGGCAUCAGGCUAUGAGGACUUCCAACCGCCUCAGGUGAGAGCAUGGAGAGAUCUUCCGUCGCCGCGCGCGGGCGAAGUACCGCCAGCCUUGUCGCCGCUCGACGCGCUGGCUUUCCAAUUGCGACCGCUACAUGAAGAAUUCAAGCGCAAGGAGCAGAAUGGGAGGAGGAUCAGUAGGUUGCCGCCGACCAUGGUCGCGAGCGAGGUGCGGAGUCGACCAGACUAUUUUCGAAGUAUGAGUAACGAAAGCAAGAUGAGUGCUGUGGCGGAAGGGCAAGAGGACAGAGAUUUCAGUCCUGUCGAGCACUGGGGGAAGGCGGCAACGCAGCUUCCAGAGAAGGACAGACCGGUCAGCCAUUAUCCCAUGUUUGAUCGGACAUCUGUGGCCACGAGGGACAGCAGAGACAUACCUGGCGUGCCAACACCAUUUUAUGAUGCGCAAGAAGACCAGAACCCGCACACCCCUUCUGCGAGUGAAGCUCCGGAGUACUUUGGCAUACCGCGGGCGACGUCUCCAGAUCCAGUUGACCCGAAACUCAACGUCCAGGCACCAUCUCCACAUGCACCACCAAGCCUAACCAACAGCAUCGACACAGUAUCUUCUCAUCCCCGGACUAGGACGAAUGAUUCGCAAAGGUCUCACCGUUCGCAGCAGUCUUUGGCAUCCGAAAGAGAGAGGGGCUUGGCGCCACCCCAGUCCCCUAGAAUCCCACGAUCACCGAGAAGCUUUCAAAGCAUACGCUCAGUGCCGCCGGAUAGUGAUGCUGAAGAUGGCCCUGCAGCUGGAGGAUCGCACCUGGCGGGAGUUUCGUCACGGAAGUUCUCUGGUAGCAGCAACACGUCAAGACCGCAGUCUCCAUUCUCACCUUGGAUGCAUCCGAUACACAGGUCGCCUUCCAUGACGUCUGAGUACUCCAUGAACGGCUCGCAGCAGCUGCAACGACCCGCGCCUGGUGUCUCAAACUUUUCAAAUUUCUCUCGACCUAUGAGCAGCUCUGGUAGCAGGCCAUCAUUCGAUAGCAGAACGUCGUUUGACAAUCGACCUUCGCUUGAUCGCCAGACGUCCGAUCUCCCGCGCCGCGCGCCUUCUGGAGCAAGUAGCAGCACAGAGGCGUCAUUCAGACCAGCAGUGUCGCGUGAAGGAUCUGGUGAUGAUGUUCUGGCGACGCCGAUGAGCCAUAUGCACAUCGAAACACCCGGGCUGACUUCAAGGCAAGAAUACUUUCCGUCAGAUGGAGCGACACCUGAUGCGAACUCAUCAUCAUCUUACAUCUACGCAAAGUAUGCGCUCCCUCGUGGUAGGCCUGUGGACCGGGGCUCGACGGCCUUCAGAGAUUCAUGGAUUCAAACCCAGUCCGAGUGGGACAAGCAGCAUGGCACUCUGCCUGGACAUGAACGCAACCAGUCCGAUAGCCCCAUUUUUGAGUCUGUUCCACGCGGAUCGCCAGCACAAUCAGAGAUUGCUCGAGGUGGCAGGACACUCGCUUCCACUCCGAGUGAGGCCAGAAGCCAUUCAGCAGAUCCUCGCGGCUUUGUCAAGCCAGCGCACCAAAUCUCUUCGAUGCACAGAUCGUCGCCUUCAGUGAAGACUGAUAGCACAGAUCGCACGUUAAAGGCCGUGCCACUGCACAAGAAGUCGCCCUCUGCCGAUCUGACUCCGGACGAACAUCUUGAUAUCGGCAUUGCGGCACAUGACAAAGGAGAGACGAACAAGUCGACAUACCAUCUACGACUCGCAGCAUUGGCCGGUCUACCGACUGGCAUGCUACUGUAUGCACUCGCUUGCAGACAUGGCUGGGGCAUGCGUCCAAACCAAGAGGAAGGUGUGAAAUGGCUCAAGAAAGCUAUGGAAACCUCAGCAUUGGAUGUGGCGACUGCUGAAGAGCGGCUCAAUGGAGGAAACAAGAAGCUCGACCCAACCGAACGCAAGAAGAAGAAGGCGCAAUAUGCGCUUGCCAUCUAUGAGCUUGGCAACAGUUCCAUGCACGGCUGGGGUUGUUCGAAGGAUAAAGCGUUGGCUGUGCGGUGUUACGAAGUUGCUGGAGCUUGGGGCGACGCUGAUGCUCUCGCCGAGGCUGCGUUCUGCUACACCAAGGGUCUGGGUGUGAAGAAGGACCCCAAGAAAGGAGCGAGCUUGUACAGAAAGGCUGCAGAACAUGGUGUCAGCAUGGCCGGGAACAGCUGGAUUUACAAGUCCAAAUACAUGGACAACGAUUGCAGCGAGACGCUCGAGAAGGACCGGAAGCGGCCAGACACUGCCAUAUCCAAAGACUCUGGCAUCUCGGGCGAUACGAAGUCCAGAGAGGAGAAGCCGUCAAAAUCCAAAGACGAGAAGUCUUCCAAGUCCAAAGACGAAAAGCAGGGUCGCAGCCGGUCACGCACUUCUUUGAUUAGCGGGAAAGAGUUUCACGUUGGAACGGAGGUGCUCGCAGGCGUGCGGAGUCCUGGUCAGGAUGGACUUCUGAAUUUGGGGCGAAAAGCAGAACCUGGCUCUGACGCCGAGCAAGAGCAAAUCCACAAGGAGGGAACUGACUACAUCAAGGACCACAUCGCAGACGAUGGAACAGGCCGCGCUGGAGAUACUUUUGAUAGUGGAGUGAGCCAAAAGGCUACUGAUGGUCAAUCUGGGCCUGGCGAUACUUUCGACAGCGGCGUGAGCAGGACUGCAACUGAUGACCAGUCUGGUCCUGGUGAUACCAUGGACAGUGAAGCCAACAAGAAUCUUGGCAGCGAAGGCCACCUCGAACGUGAGGAAAGCGGCCAAAAAGGAUUUAAGAAAGAAGGAGGCAAGAAGAUGGAAAACGAAAGCGCCAUACCUACCGCUGGAGGCCAGAGACUAGGCCAAGAACACUGGGGCGAGAGCAAGAUAGUACCAGAGAACCCAAAGCCACAAGAAGAUGGACAGCCAGAUGACGAGACUGCGAGGAACACUGCGAAGAAUGCUCGAGGUGCUGGUUCCGGAGAUGGUGAGGGCAAACAGAGCUUGGUGGAUAAGAUUAAGGAUAAGUUGCCGAUUGGAAAUAAGAAUAAGGAGUAGGUGGUGAGGAAGUUGUCGUGAUUUGAUGAGGUUAUGGAAAUUCUGAACUGGAGCGAGUACUUUCUGGUUUGAGACUUCGAUACCAGCGUGAAAUGAAUGAAUUUACUGCAACUC